UAUGUUGUUGUAAUUCUCAACAGCAUACACCAUUUGUAAAUUGUAGCUGCAUAUUAGCAUGACGACAUGCACUCAAGGAAAACAUGGGCUUGUGAGGUUUGUACAAUGUAAUAAUAGCCAAAUACAUUGUUUUCACACUAUGUUCCUCACAGUUUGUGAGCAUUAUAUCUCCACCUCACUGAUUUGCAGUGUGAAUGACAUGUCUAUAUAUGCAUAUUACUUCCUCUUCAUGAGAUGUAUCAGAGAGAUGUGUCAUAACCUCUGCCUAGGAGGUUGUUUUCUGUUUGAUGUGUUUAUCCUUAUUGGUUUAUUUGUCUGUUUGUCAGCAAGAUUACAGAUAAACUAAUGGCCUGAUUUUCAUGAACUUGGUCCAUUUUGUAGUGGAUCUGAAUCGUGAUACACACAUUUACUUUCGCUGGCAUUGUGAGACAGGGCAUGGUCUUGCCAUACAUCCUAAAAUCCUGUAGAUUGUAAAGUUCAGGGGUGAUACAACAUAGCCAAUAUUGUAGAAAUGCAAUGACUCCAUAUCACAAUCCACACUCAUGUGUACCAGUAAUCCUCUGGGGUUGCCUACACCAACUCACUCAAACGUCAUACAGAGAGCAGUCGUUACAUAGCACUCAGGGACAUUGAUUUUUUGAUGGCGAAGGCAUAACCUGCCCUAUUUUGCCUUACUCUGAUUGGCUUACUGCGAUAUUCUUACCCUAACCCUGACCAGUCUCACCCCUCAUGCUGAAACCUAAACAAACCAACGAAGGAAGGCAACGAGUAGAAAAAAAUUUGGCCUCAGGGAUGCAAUAUUGUUUUCCUAGGAUGGCGAAGUCAUUACUGUCCCUACUCUGGCUCUGAUUGGCAAGCUAAUCCUGAUAUUCUUCAGGAUUCUUCAAGUACAGUUUUAACACCAUGUAUUUAAAUACUAAUAUCAAUAAAUACAUUUAUAUAUACACAUUAUACUGGUUUGUGUAAUAGUUAUUCUCUAUUACACAAAUAAAUGAAUAAAUUGUCUUCCUUGUGAACAUAGUUUUUCAUAACAACUGUUUUUGAUGACAAAGUGCCCUGCAUGUUUUUAUUUCAGUCUAAACAUCUGAUAUUUGUAAAUAUGUGCAUAAUAAUGUGUUAAGUAUGUGAAAUAUUUAAUUUAGAAGUACAUAAAUGCACAGCUGAAGUGAUGAGACUUCAGUGAGGCACAACCUUUACAUAUUUCUAAUAGUUUUGUAGUGGGUGAGCCUGCAGAUGUGCAUAUCGUAGAAGACUGGACUACCGGCCUUGGCAGAGGUCUGUGCUCUCUGAGCGCCUCUUUACAGUUCAUUCAUGAGUUGUUUGUGUUUAUUCUGUAACACAAAGGUGUUUGGAUGACCUUCACCCACUUAAUGGCCCCUGACUCAUUCAUCUCCAUCAUCUCAUCCCCAGCACUGAUCUUCAUGGUGAAUGAGCAGAAUGUUGCUUCCUCUGCGAGCCUCAGAAAAUGAACGCCACUCUGUGUGACUCUACAGUGACCAUGCAUCACCUGACAACAGACCACCAACUUAACGCCAGCUGCAACUGCUCCCCGCUCUCCUCCAACUGGACAGUGGUGGAUGAAGCCCCGCAGCUGCCCACGUUCACCACAGCAGCCAAAGUCAGAGUGAUUAUUACCUGCAUCCUCUGCGGCAUAUCGGCCUUUUGCAACCUGGCUGUGCUAUGGGCGGCGCACAGCGAUGGGAAACGCAAAUCCCACGUCAGGGUGCUGAUAAUUAACCUGACGGUGGCCGAUCUGCUGGUGACCUUCAUCGUGAUGCCUGUGGAUGCUGUGUGGAACAUCACGGUCCAGUGGCUCGCGGGGGACUUUGCCUGCAGGCUGCUGAUGUUUCUGAAGCUGCAGGCGAUGUACUCCUGUGCCUUUGUCACCAUGGUGAUCAGCCUGGAUAGGCAGUCAGCCAUCCUCAACCCUCUGGCUAUCAGUAAAGCCAGAAAGAGGAACAGGGUUAUGCUGACCGUGGCGUGGGGCAUGAGUGUCCUGUUGUCUGUCCCUCAGCUGUUCCUGUUCCACAAUGUGACCAUCAUCCAUCCUGAGGACUUCACUCAGUGCACCACACGUGGAAGUUUUGUCACUCACUGGCAUGAAACAGCCUACAACAUGUUCACGUUCUCCUGCCUGUUCCUGCUGCCUCUGGUCAUCAUGAUCACCUGCUACACCAGGAUCUUCUGUGAGAUUUCCAAACGACUGAAAAAGGACAACUUGCGUUCCAAUGAAGUGCAUUUGCGGUGUUCGAAGAACAACAUCCCCAGAGCCCGGAUGAGAACUCUAAAAAUGAGUAUUGUGAUUGUCUCGUCUUUCAUCAUCUGCUGGACUCCAUAUUACCUCCUGGGCCUGUGGUAUUGGUUCUUCCCCAGCGACCUGGAGGGGAAGGUCUCCCACUCACUGACCCACAUCCUGUUCAUCUUUGGGCUCCUCAACGCCUGCCUGGACCCAGUCAUCUACGGCCUGUUCACCAUUCACUUCCGAAAGGGGCUGCGGAGGUUUUACUGCAAUGCCACUGUGGCGUCUGAUCUGGACAACACGGUUUUAACUGGAUCUUUCACUUGUGCUGCCAAUUCUUUGCCAAUGAAAAGAGAGCUAAGCCGUGCCAGCCAGGAGAGGUUCAUCCUGUGUGGUGAUAACCACAGCAAAGCAGAGUCCAUGUCACCAAGGAGCAGCUUUUUAACAGCAGGCAACGAUAUAGAGAGAGAUCCAUACCAGUCCAGCCCUGAGAGCAUCAUGUGAGGAGAGUAUGUGGUGGAGACUCUCUGACCGUUUCUACUAAUUUAAUUUAUUCAGUGUCUAUCUUGUGUGGGGUCCAGAAUUCCUUGACAUUUCUAUGUCAAUUUGACUAACAUGCCUCUGUAUAAAACGCAAAGGCCAAAAAUCCUAACUGCUGUUGGUUGGAAAACACAGAACUUUGUAUUUUCUUGAA